GUGGCCUCGCCUAAUGCGCCGCUGCUGCCCGGUCCUGUUUGUAAACAGUCCCGGGGACCCUCCGCCCCCAUCCUCGUGCCCCCGCCCACCGGAGCCUCCCCCAUCCAAGAUGGCGGCGGGUGGGAGCGGCGGCCUGUCGUUCCCCGGGGUGGUGGGUAACAGCGCCCCCAGCAACCGCAGCGGCUUCUCGGCUUCCUCUUACAACUACAGCGGUGGGGCUGCGGCCUCGUCCCCGGGGAACCAGGCUGCGGCUGCAGUCUCCACGUCUGGGCCCUCUCCUCCCGUUGCUCCUCCUGCGCCCCCUUCAGGGCCCGCCAGCCUCCUGCACCGAGAGCCCGUGUACAACUGGCAGGCCACCAAGACCACGGUGCGGGAGAGGUUCACCUUCCUGUUCAAUAACGAGGUGCUGAGCGACGUGCACUUCCUGGUGGGGAAGGGGCUGGGAAGCCAGCGGAUUCCUGCGCACAGGUUUGUCUUGGCGGUGGGCAGUGCAGUCUUUGAUGCCAUGUUUAAUGGUGGCAUGGCCACAACUCAAACCGAAAUUGAACUUCCGGAUGUUGAACCUGCUGCAUUCCUUGCUCUUUUAAAAUUCCUGUACUCUGAUGAGGUGCAGAUUGGUCCUGAGACAGUCAUGACCACUUUGUAUACGGCUAAGAAAUAUGCUGUGCCUGCUCUAGAGGCUCAUUGUGUGGAAUUUCUGAAGAAGAACCUCAGAGCUGAUAAUGCCUUUAUGCUGCUCACGCAGGCUCGUCUGUUUGAUGAACCUCAGCUUGCCAGCCUUUGCCUCGAGAACAUUGAUAAGAACACUUCAGAUGCCAUUAAUGCUGAAGGUUUCACGGACAUAGAUUUAGACACUCUGGUUGCAGUGUUGGAACGGGACACUCUGGGAAUCCGUGAAAUCCGGCUUUUCAAUGCAGUGGUACGCUGGUCAGAGGCAGAGUGCCAGCGGCAACAGCAACCGGUUACCUCUGAAAACAAACGCAAGUCCCUGGGAAAGGCUCUUGCUCUUAUCCGUUUUCCCCUCAUGACCAUAGAAGAGUUUGCAGCAGGUCCAGCACAAUCUGGAAUUCUGACUGACCGAGAAGUGGUCAGCUUAUUUCUUCACUUCACAGUCAACCCAAAACCUAGGGUUGAGUUCAUAGACAGGCCCCGCUGUUGUCUGCGGGGGAAGGAAUGCUCAAUAAACCGCUUCCAGCAAGUGGAGAGCCGCUGGGGGUAUAGUGGGACUAGUGACAGAAUAAGGUUUUCUGUGAACAGAAGAAUAUUUGUGGUGGGUUUUGCACUGUAUGGUUCGAUACAUGGUCCAACUGACUAUCAAGUAAAUAUACAGAUUAUCCAUACAGAUAGCAAUACAGUUCUGGGCCAGAAUGACACCGGCUUCAGCUGUGAUGGUUCCUCCAGUACCUUCCGAGUCAUGUUUAAGGAACCUGUGGAAAUCUUACCCAAUGUCAAUUACACAGCUUGUGCGACACUAAAGGGUCCCGACUCUCACUAUGGUACUAAAGGCCUGCGUAAAGUUAUUCAUGAGUCUCCCACCACCGGUGCCAAGACUUGCUUUACAUUCUGCUAUGCGGCUGGAAACAACAAUGGAACAUCUGUAGAGGAUGGACAAAUCCCUGAAAUCAUAUUCUACACAUAGAUUGGGAAGACUCAUCAUCAUAUCCCUUCUGUUACUCUUGUAAGGCAGCAGGUGUGGUCAUCUUAACAAUGAACACUAAACAGGUGCAGGCUUAAAUGACCUUUGGGCCUACUACAUACUGCCUCUUGGUUUUGGAUGGGAAUUGUGGUAUUGAAGUACUUAAUUUUAAGACUGCUUAUGUUUUUUGUCACCCUUCAUCCUCAAGCCACUUAUUUAGUCAUCUGCUUAAGGCAUGGCUAAACAUUUUACCACCCUGGAUCACGUUCAGUAAUUUUUAAUUAGUAUUUUUUUUUUUUUGCAAGUAACACAUGCAAAGCCAAAACUUCUCAUCGAAUGUGCCACCUCAGUGGGCAACAGAUUAUGGCCAGUUGGGGUUUGCAAGAAGUUAGUUAUGAACAAUAUCAUUCUCUCAUGAACUCCUUUUGGGAAACUUCUGUGGCAAUCGGAAAAUAUUUAUGUAAAUUCAUAUUAUGUUAAUUGAAUCAAACAAAACGUGGGAAUAUUUGCUCCAAAAACACUGAGAAUAUAUACCCAAUGUGUUUUUUGUGCGUAUGUAUAUAAAUGUGUGUGUGUGUGUGUAUAUAUAUAUAUAUAUAUAUAU